AUGGGCAGUGAGUAUCGAGCCGUGGGGGCGCUCUGCGCCUCGCUCCUCCCGUCGCGGCCUCCCGGCCUCGGUCCCCGUCGCUGUCGGACCUCUCCGUGCGGGCCCGAGGCGGCCCGUGCUCCGCGGGUUAAAUUUUUAGAAGUUAUUAAACCAUUCUGUGCGGUUUUACCAGAAAUCCAGAAACCAGAAAGGAAGAUCCAGUUCCGAGAGAAGGUACUAUGGACAGCUAUCACACUCUUCAUUUUCUUAGUAUGCUGCCAGAUACCUUUGUUUGGAAUCAUGUCAUCAGACUCGGCAGAUCCUUUCUACUGGAUGCGAGUCAUCCUUGCGUCAAACAGAGGUACAUUGAUGGAGUUGGGUAUUUCACCUAUUGUGACAUCUGGGUUGAUAAUGCAGCUGCUGGCUGGAGCAAAAAUCAUUGAAGUUGGUGAUACUCCAAAAGACAGAGCCUUGUUCAAUGGAGCCCAGAAACUGUUUGGGAUGAUUAUUACCAUUGGGCAAUUUUUUUUGUCUUCUUAUUAUAAUUCAGGUUUGUAAUGAUCUCUCUAAUAUGAUGAAAACGCUGAUGCAGGGAAUUAAUUCUUGAUUUAUUCUUGUUUCUGCUCAGUUUUGUUUGUUUUCCCACAGCUGUUUGUUGCUGGUUUGAUUGUGCUGCUGUUAGAUGAGUUGCUACAGAAAGGUUAUGGUUUGGGAUCUGGUAUUUCCCUCUUUAUUGCUACCAAUAUCUGUGAAACCAUUGUCUGGAAGGCUUUUAGUCCCACUACCAUUAACACUGGCAGAGGGACGGAGUUUGAAGGCGCCGUGAUUGCCUUGUUCCAUCUUCUGGCCACCCGGACUGACAAAGUCCGCGCUUUGCGGGAAGCCUUUUACCGACAGAACCUGCCCAACCUCAUGAAUCUGAUUGCCACAGUGUUUGUGUUUGCAGUAGUUAUAUAUUUCCAGGGAUUUCGUGUCGAUUUACCUAUCAAGUCUGCGCGAUAUCGAGGACAAUACAGUAGCUACCCUAUCAAGCUCUUCUACACCUCCAACAUUCCCAUCAUUCUGCAGUCUGCCUUAGUUUCAAACCUCUACGUUAUUUCCCAGAUGUUGUCUGUGCGUUUUAGUGGCAACUUCUUGGUAAACUUAUUAGGACAGUGGGCAGAUGUCAGUGGUGGUGGCCCUGCUCGGUCUUAUCCUGUUGGUGGCCUCUGCUACUAUUUGUCCCCCCCCGAAUCCAUGGGUGCAAUAUUUGAGGAUCCUGUCCAUGUAAUAGUUUACAUAAUUUUUAUGUUGGGAUCCUGUGCAUUCUUCUCAAAAACUUGGAUUGAGGUGUCCGGAUCAUCAGCAAAAGAUGUUGCCAAGCAACUCAAAGAGCAACAAAUGGUGAUGAGAGGCCACAGGGACACCUCCAUGGUUCACGAGCUUAACAGAUAUAUCCCCACAGCAGCUGCGUUUGGUGGCUUGUGCAUCGGCGCCCUCUCAGUAUUAGCUGACUUCCUCGGCGCCAUCGGCUCGGGCACCGGCAUCCUGCUCGCGGUCACCAUUAUCUACCAGUAUUUUGAAAUAUUUGUAAAAGAACAGGCUGAAGUUGGAGGAGUAGGGGCACUAUUUUUCUAGAUGUCCGAAUAUUUCAUGGCUUGUGUGAAAGGGAAAGUAUUUUGACAACCUGCAUCAUUUAGUCCAAUAAUGCUAUUUUCUUUUUACUUGUUUUCAAGUGCUACGUGUCCCAUUAUUGUAAUGGGCAUUGAGCAAUGCCUGUGAGCAGCAUCAGUACCAGCUGCCUUAAGAAUCAAGUUUACAUUAUCUUGUUUA